AUGCUGAAUGGUGGUCCUAUUGGGUAUUUUGGUGUUGGAAGGGGAGUGAAGCAGGGAGAUCCUCUAUCUCCAAUCCUUUAUGUUUUGGUUGCUGAUUCUCUAAGUAGAAAAUUAUCUCAAUUGAUUCAGGAGAGGAAAAUUCAUCCUAUGGUCAUUAGAAAAGGUAUAUUUCCAUCUCAUUUAUUCUUUGCUGAUGAUAUCUUUAUCUUCUGCAAUGGGUGUAAACAAACUCUGGUAAACCUUAAACAUCUGCGAUAUGAAUACCAAAGUGCUUCUGGUCAAAUUGUUAGUGCUGCCAAGAGUAAAAAAUUUAUUGAUGGGACUUCUGAUAUAAGACAAACUCAGAUUACAGAGUACAUGGAUAUGAAACUUUUUGUUUUCCUUGACAAGUAUUUGGGUGUACUUCUAUUUCAAGGUAAAGUUAAAACUGAACAUUUGUGGUCAUUUGUAGAGAUAUUGCAAAAAAGACUGGCUACUUGGAUUGGCAAGCUCUUAAACUUUCAAGCUAGGUUAACUCUUAUUAAAUUUGUUCUUAGCAGCAUACCCUUGUAUAACAUGUCUAUAUAUAGAUGGCCAAAAAAGAUCAUUUUAGCUUGUGAAAGAAUUCUGAGAAAUUUCUUAUGGAGUGGGAAUGCUGAUGAAAAGAAAUAUAUCACUAUUGCUUGGGAUAAAGUUUGUGUUCCAUUGGAAGAGGGAGGUCUGGGAAUUAGAAAAUUUGAAGAUAUCAAUAAGGCCUUACUGAUGAAAUUAUUAUGGAGAAUUCUUAAAUCAAAUGAAGACUGGGCUAAUUUUUUCUUAGCCAAAUAUAAGGAUAAAAAUGGUUUAUGGAUUUCUUACUAUAAGCAAUCAUCUAUCUGUCCAGGUAUUAAAUGGGUUCUUCAAGAUUUUGAGGAAAACACAAGAUGGCUUGUUGGUAAUGGUGAGGAUAUCUCUCUUUGGAAUGACUCCUGGAUAUUGGAUGCAAGUAUUAGUAAAUACUUUCCUAGAAAUGAAUACAUUCAGCAGAACAUUAAUAUGAAGGUUAAACAGUUGAUUGUUAAUAAUUCAUGGAAUAUUCCUGAAGAAAUGCUCACUUUCUUUUCAACAGAUGAUCUCCCAUUACUUUCUUCUACUUCUGAUAAACUAGUGUGGACAGCAACUCAAGAUGGUGAAUUUUCAGUCUCUAGUGCUAUAAAUAUCAUCAAAAAGAAACGGCCUAAACUGAAGUGGUAUAAGAAAAUUUGGAACUCUUGCGUGCAUCCUUCUACUUCAAGUAAUAUCUGGAAAAUUACAAUGGGAGCUGGGAAUACUGAUGAAAAUGAUACUAAAAGAGGUAUGGUUAUUGCUUCCAGAUGCUUUCUUUGUCAUAAAAAUCAAGAUACCAUGAGUCAUAUUUUGUGGGAUUGCAACUAUGGCCAAAUUCUAUGGAAUUGGAUUGGUAAUAUCUUUGCUUUCAAAAACUCAAAAUCCUUUGAUGAUGUUAUCAAUCUCUGCAAGCAUAAGAGUUCAGUUGUUCAGGAAUUAUGGUAUAUAGCAGCUUUUAAUAUCAUGGUAGAUAUAUGGUUUACCAGGAAUAUAGUCUUCUUUGAUAAUAUCCUGCCUGACAGUGAAAAAACCAAAAUUAAGAUUUCUAGAAUGGUUCAUGAUUGUGAGAACAGACUUAAAGGUUUCAUGCAUAAUACAUCUUAUGACCUUCAGAUUCUUAAAUACUUUGAUAUAGGUUGUAGAAAAGUUAAAACUACAAAGGCUAUAAAAUGCUUUUUCUUACUUCCUGAACCAGAAAAUCUAUUAUUCUGUUGUGAUGGUGCUUCAAGAGGGAACCCUGGGAAUGCUGGGUAUGGGUUUAUUGUCAAAGAUAACAGUGGAAGUUUCAUAACAGCUGAAUCUGGUGGUUUGGGAAUUUCUACAAACUUUAUUGCUAAGAUUAUGGGGGCCUUAUGUGCUAUGGAAUGGGUUGUGUUAAAUCAAAAGGAGAAGAUUAUUAUUAACUCUGAUUCCACUGCUGCUAUUUCAGCUUUCAUGAAGAAUAAAUUAUCUUGGUUUGUAUGGAACAGAUGGAAGUUUGUUAGUGCAAAACUAAAACAUAUUCACUUUAACCAUGUCUACAGGGAAGUGAACUUUUCAGCAGCUUUUUUGCUAAAAAAGGUGUUCAUCUUCCAAAGGGACAGGUGA